AUGGAUCCACGCAAGCUCAAAGUGAAUGAACUGAAGGAACAGCUCCAACUCGUAGGACUCUCUGUCAAUGGCAAGAAGGAAGAACUCGUCACCCGUCUUCUGGAACACCAAAAGGCUGAGGAGGAGGCUGCUCUCGCUGCUGGACCUCCCACAGGAACUGGAGAGUCCUUUAACUGGGAGGAUCCCAUCGAUGAUCUGGCUCCUCUUGUAGCUGAUGCCCCCGUAAAGCCUGCCCCCGCUGCUACCACAUCUGCAGCAAAGGCGCCCGCCACAACCGCACCCGCCACUACUACUGAGACUGCUGCUACUCCCGCCAGCAGCGCCACAGAGCCAGCAGCGGCCACCACAGAAGACAGUGUUCAGUUCCAGGGCGCCACCGCCAGUGAUAAUGACGCAUUAAAGGCCGAGAUCGAGAAGCGCAAGAGCAGAGCUGCUCGUUUUGGAACUUCAUUAACUGAACAGGACAAAGCCCUCGAGAGAGCUGCCCGCUUUGGUGUCCCCGUCGCUGCAACCACCACCGCCUCUUUGGCCAAGGCAGCAGGAACUACUGUCACACCAGCUACAACAACAUCGGCAGCAACAGGAGCAGGAGCAGGAGCAGCCAAAUCUGGUGUUCCUUCCAAGCCUAACGCUGUUGCCUCUCAGAUUCCUGCUGAUGUGUUGAGCAAACGACAGGCACGUUUCGGGGUUGUGGAACCCGCUGCCAAGUUAUCAUCGACACCCGCAAAACCCGCUGGCACCACCGCUCCUGCUGCUAGUGCUGCUGCUGCUGCUGCUGCUGGUGUCAAGAAGUCCGGUCUUGUUCUGGAUCCUGCUGAGGAGGAGAAGAAGCGCAAGCGCGCCGCCAAGUUUGGUCUUCCCUCCGCUGAGGAUGAUGCAUCCAAGAAGGCAAAGGUGUAA